CCUCAACCACUCAACCCAAGACAGAAAACUAGAUAUCCAGACAGGAUGAAAGCAUCAAGCCAGAAAAAGAAAUCCAAGCAGCCCAUCAAACCCCGUAAACUGAAACGACAAACUGAAGAAGAGGAAAUCAAAAAGUUAGCAUCUGAGAGCAUUUCCUUUGAUCUAGCAAAGCCCCCAACACUAUUUAGCGACCUACCUAUCUCAAGAGCCACAUUGAAAGGAUUGCAAGCUGCCAAAUUCGAGAAAUUAACACCGAUCCAAGCACUAGCCAUACCACGAGCCUUAAAAGGAAGAGAUGUCUUGGGAGCCGCGCGGACAGGAUCUGGAAAGACGCUGGCUUUCCUGAUUCCAGUGCUAGAGAUGCUAUAUCGGCAGAAAUGGGGAGCCAUGGACGGCCUGGGUGCCUUGAUCAUCAGUCCUACUCGUGAAUUGGCCGUUCAAAUCUUCGAGGUGCUCAGGUCGAUCGGAAAAUUUCAUGCCUUCAGCGCCGGACUAGUCAUCGGUGGUAAAAGUUUAGAAGACGAAAGGGAUCGACUCGGAAGAAUGAACAUCCUGGUUUCUACUCCUGGCCGUUUACAGCAGCAUCUCGAACAAACCACCAACUUUGAUUCUGAUAACCUUCAGGUCUUGGUUCUCGAUGAAGCCGAUCGAAUCUUAGAUAUGGGCUUCGCAAAUUCAGUCAAUGCGAUCAUUUCUAGUCUGCCCAAUUCACGACAGUCACUUUUGUUUUCUGCGACUCAAACCAAGUCUGUCAAGGACCUCGCACGAUUAUCUCUAACUGGAGAUCCAGAAUACGUUUCGGCUCGUGAGACGGGAGUUGAACGAGAUCUUACCACGCCCAAAGAACUCGUACAGAGCUACAUGGUAACACCGCUGGAAUGUAAAAUAGAUUAUCUUUGGGGUUUCUUAAAGACUCAUCUCAAGACGAAAAUGAUAGUGUUUUUGAGCAGCUGCAAGCAGGUUCGAUUUGUUCACGAAAUCUUUCGUCAUCUACGACCAGGGAUCCCGUUGCUACACUUGCACGGAAAGCAAAAGCAAGUCAAACGACUCGAAAUUUACGAACGCUUUUCCUCUUCUCCUCAAGUAUGUCUGUUCGCCACCGAUAUUGCUGCACGAGGGCUCGAUUUCCCAUCUGUCGAUUGGGUGGUUCAAGUAGACUGCCCUGAAGACGUCGAUACCUACAUCCACCGAGUGGGCCGGACUGCCCGUUAUCAGAGCGGUGGAAAGGCUUUACUACUUUUAUUACCAUCGGAAGAAGAAGGGAUGUCGAAGAAGUGGGAAGCUAGAGGGAUUGUUGUCUCCAAAGUUAAACCAAACGAAUCAAAGAAACAAUCUAUCCAGAAUCAAAUACAGGCUCAAAUGUUCAAGUUCCCCGAGCUCAAAUUCCUGGGCCAACGAGCUUUUAUCUCCUACGUCCGAUCCAUUCAUCUUCAGAAGAACAAGGAAAUCUUUAAGUUGAAAGAAUUGGAUUUAGUCAAAUUUGCGGAAUCCAUGGGCUUACCAGGAGCACCCCAAGUCCGGUUUUCUGGUUCAGGAGCUGGCGGAGCUGCCGGAGGGACGGGCGAAAGCGCUAAAGCCAAGAAAAACGCGCCACGAGACUUGGAAACAUUAAAGAAACUUACACUCACUCAAAACACCACGAGCACGGAUGCAGUCAACAAGGGUGACGCAGAUGAAAACGAAGAAGCCUCAGAUAGUAAUGCCACGUCCUCUGAAGAUGGUUCCGAUUCCGAUUCCGAUUCCGAUGAUGACUCUGAUGAGAAUGACAGCAAUGAUGGGGAGGAACAAACGCACUCGGUCACCAUCGCUCCCCAUUCUUCAGCUACACAUCCUACAGGAGUAAAACCGACUGUUCGAACGAAGUAUGAUCGAAUGUUCCAGCGGCAAAAUCAAGACAUCCUUUCACAGCACUAUGCCAAACUAGUCGAUCGUAGUGAAGAUGCGGCGGAGGGCCGAGAGAAGGGAGACGAAGAAGAAGACGAUUUCAUCCAAUUGAAACGGGCGGAUCACGACCUAGAUGCUGCAGAAGCGGCAAUUCCAGAUUCGGCAUACUUAUCCAAACGAAAGUUAAAACAAGCGACCUCCAAGAAAGCGGUGGCGAUGUCUGGUAUCGGCCUAGGCAAGAAAGUGAUCUUUGAUGACGAGGGAGAAGCUCAUCAGGCUUACAAAAUCUUGCAGGAAGAAGAAUACAAGAAGAAUCAUGAUGUGGGAAGCGAAAUUAAGGAUUUCGUGACUCGAGAAAAGGAUAAAGUUCAACAGGCUGACCAAACUGAUAAGCUGGUGGCUAAGAAUAAACGAGCCGAGAAGAAACGGAAACGCAAACUUACUUCUGAAGCGAAUCAAAAUGAGGGUGUUCAAGGAGCAAGAGUUGCCGAAUUGGCGUCGAACGAUGAAGAUGAUGGAUAUGUUUCACCCGAGUUCGAUCUUCCUCCCGAAUCAGAUUCAGACCCAGAUGGUGAUCGUGAUCAUCACCAACACCGGCCCAAGAAGCUGAAAGCAUUUCGUCCUUCGGAUAGAGAUGAUGACGAGGAGGAGGACCUUGAAGCGUUGGCUUUGCAGAAACUGCAACAGAGGUUCUAGCCUACACUUUGAUUUCAAUCAAUCCAAUCGUGUAACCUCUACAGUGCUUAAUUAGGUCCAAUAAUUGUGCUCCUACUAUCUUUGCGCUAUUUUCAAUAGUAAUCAAAAAGUCUCAUAUCAAUAGCAAACUACCAUUUUCACAAAUGAGAUUUAAAAUGACACUGUAAGAAUCGCAAUCUAUGUAGUGUGAUCUCAAAACAACGCAUCCUGGCUUGCCAGAAAUUCAUUCAACAGUUGUGCAAAGACAUGAAAU